AUGACUGAGAUCUCAGCUGGUGCCCAGGAGGGUGCCAAUGGGCGGUCGGUGCCCUAUGUCAAUGGCAAGGCGUCGUAUGCAGAGAAGUUCCAAAUUGCAGACCACUUCAUCGGCGGCAACCGAUUGGAGAAUGCUCCUCCGAGCAAGGUCAAGGACUUUGUUGGCCAGAAUGAUGGUCACACUGUCAUCACCAACGUUCUCAUUGCCAACAACGGUAUCGCUGCCGUUAAGGAGAUUCGAUCAGUCCGAAAAUGGGCUUACGAGACGUUCGGUGACGAGCGAGCCAUUCACUUCACUGUGAUGGCCACCCCCGAAGAUCUGCAGGCCAACGCAGAAUACAUUAGAAUGGCCGACCACUACGUCGAGGUUCCCGGCGGCACAAACAACCACAACUAUGCCAACGUCGAGCUGAUUGUGGAUAUUGCUGAGCGCAUGAAUGUCCAUGCCGUCUGGGCUGGAUGGGGUCAUGCCUCAGAAAACCCAAAGUUGCCAGAGUCGCUGGCCGCCUCCCCCAACAAGAUUGUCUUCAUCGGACCUCCUGGAUCUGCCAUGCGAUCACUAGGUGACAAGAUUUCCUCCACAAUUGUAGCACAGCACGCCGAGGUGCCGUGUAUUCCUUGGUCAGGAACAGGCGUUGACGAAGUCGCCGUGGACGACAAGGGCAUUGUCACCGUCGCCGAUGAUAUCUAUGCCAAGGGUUGCGUAACAUCAUGGGAGGAGGGUCUUGAGAGGGCCAAGGAGAUUGGCUUCCCUGUCAUGAUCAAGGCUUCCGAAGGCGGUGGUGGUAAGGGUAUCCGAAAGGCUACCGAGGAGGAGGGCUUCGAGGCUCUCUACAAGGCCGCUGCCAGCGAAAUCCCCGGUUCUCCCAUUUUCAUCAUGAAGCUUGCUGGCAACGCUCGACAUCUUGAGGUCCAGCUUCUUGCUGAUCAAUACGGAAACAACAUCUCCCUCUUCGGUCGUGAUUGUUCCGUUCAGCGACGCCACCAGAAGAUUAUUGAGGAGGCUCCCGUUACCAUUGCGAAGCCCGAUACGUUCAAGGCUAUGGAGGAUGCCGCUGUUCGUCUCGGUAAGCUCGUUGGUUACGUCUCCGCCGGUACCGUCGAGUACCUCUACUCCCACGCCGACGACAAGUUCUACUUCCUGGAGCUCAACCCCCGUCUCCAGGUCGAGCAUCCUACCACUGAGAUGGUCAGUGGUGUCAACCUGCCCGCUGCCCAGCUUCAGAUUGCCAUGGGUAUCCCUCUCCACAGAAUCCGUGAUAUUCGACUCCUGUACGGUGUCGACCCCAAGACCUCAAGCGAGAUCGACUUUGAGUUCAAGAACGAGGGCACAUCUAUGAGCCAGCGACGACCCCAGCCCAAGGGCCACACCACUGCUUGCCGUAUCACCUCUGAGGAUCCUGGUGAGGGCUUCAAGCCUUCCAACGGUGUGAUGCACGAGCUUAACUUCAGGAGUAGCUCCAAUGUCUGGGGUUACUUCUCCGUCGGUUCUCAGGGUGGUAUUCACAGUUUCUCAGACAGUCAGUUUGGCCACAUCUUCGCCUAUGGUGAGAACCGUUCUGCAUCGAGGAAGCACAUGGUCAUGGCUCUUAAGGAACUGAGCAUUCGUGGUGAUUUCCGAACCACCAUCGAAUAUCUCAUCAAGCUUCUCGAGACCGAGGCUUUUGAGGACAACACCAUCUCCACUGGUUGGUUGGAUGAGCUUAUCUCCAAGCGUCUUACUGCUGAGCGACCCGAGACCAUGCUUGCUGUUGUCUGUGGUGCUGUCACCAAGGCUCACAUUGCCAGCGAGGCUUGCAUGGCUGAGUACCGAGCCGGACUUGAGAAGGGUCAAGUGCCCUCUAAGGACGUUCUCAAGACCGUCUUCACCAUCGACUUCAUCUACGAGGGUUACCGUUACAAGUUCACUGCCACACGCGCCAGCGUUGACAGCUACCACCUCUUCAUCAACGGUUCCAAGUGCUCUAUUGGUGUCCGCUCUCUGAGCGAUGGUGGUCUCCUUGUCCUUCUUGACGGCCGCAGUCACAACGUCUACUGGAAGGAAGAGGUUGGUGCUACCCGUCUUUCCGUCGACAGCAAGACCUGCUUGCUGGAGCAGGAGAACGAUCCUACCCAGCUUCGAUCUCCCAGCCCCGGUAAGCUUGUCAAGUACUCUGUCGAGAACGGUGCCCAUGUUCGUGCCGGCCAGGCUUUCGCCGAGGUCGAGGUCAUGAAGAUGUACAUGCCUCUCGUUGCUCAAGAAGAUGGUGUCGUCCAGCUCAUCAAGCAGCCCGGAGCUACUCUCGAGGCUGGUGACAUCCUCGGUAUCUUGGCCCUUGACGACCCCAGCCGCGUCAAGCAGGCCCAGGCUUUCGUCGACAAACUCCCCGCCUAUGGCGAGCCUGUUGUUGUCGGUGCCAAGCCCGCUCAGCGCUUCUCUCUCCUCUACAACAUCCUCCAUAACAUUCUCCUGGGUUACGACAACUCUGUCAUCAUGGCCAACACCCUCAAGGAGCUCAUUGAGGUUCUCCGUGAUCCCGAGCUUCCCUACAGCGAGUGGAACGCCCAGUUCUCUGCUCUCCACUCUCGUAUGCCACAGAAGCUUGACGCUCAGUUCACUCAGAUCGUUGAGCGCAGCAAGUCUCGCCACGGAGAGUUCCCCGCCAAGGCUCUCACCAAGGCUUUCAACAAGUUCCUCGAGGACAAUGUUGAUGCUGGCGAUGCCGAACUUCUCAAGGGCACCCUCUCCCCUCUUACCGAGGUUCUCGACAUGUACGCCGAGGGCCAGAAGAACCGAGAGCUUAACGUCAUUAAGGGUCUUCUUGAGCAGUAUUGGGAGGUUGAGAACCUCUUCAUGAACCAGCCUCAGGAGGAUGCUGUUAUUCUUCAGCUGCGUGACCAGCACAAGGAGGACAUCAUGAAGGUUGUUCACACUGUUCUCUCUCACAGCCGUGUCAGCUCCAAGAGUUCUCUUAUCCUGGCCAUCCUUGAGGAGUACCGCCCCAACAAGCCUAAGGCUGGAAGCAUCGCCAAGAACCUUCGCGAGACUCUCCGCCUGCUCACUGAGCUCCAGUCGCGUCCUACCUCCAAGGUUUCCCUCAAGGCUCGUGAGAUCAUGAUCCAGUGUGCUCUCCCCUCCCUUGAGGAGCGAACCGCCCAGAUGGAGCACAUCCUCCGUUCUUCCGUCAUCGAGUCGCGAUACGGUGAGACUGGUUGGGACCACCGAGAGCCUAGCCUUGAUAUCAUCAAGGAGGUCGUUGACUCCAAGUACACCGUUUUCGAUGUCUUGACCAUGUUCUUCGCUCACGACGAUCCUUGGGUGUCUCUGGCUUCUCUUGAGGUUUAUGUUCGCCGAGCUUACCGUGCGUACAUCCUCAAGCAGAUCGAGUACCACCAGGAUGAAAACGAUGCUCCUCAGUUCGUUUCUUGGGACUUCCAGCUCCGAAAGCUCGGACAGUCUGAGUUUGGUCUUCCUCUGCAGUCUGCUGCUCCUUCUACUCCUGCUACCCCUAGCGGAGGCGAGUUCAACUUUAAGCGAAUCCACUCGAUCAGUGAUAUGUCUUAUCUUACUGGCAAGUGGGAGGACGAGCCUACACGAAAGGGUGUCAUUGUUCCUUGCAAGUACAUCGAUGAUGCUGAGGACCUCAUUGCCAAGGCUCUUGAGGCUCUUGCCCUUGAGCAGAAGCAGAAGAAGAAGAACACCCCCGGCACUCCCGGUCUCAUCCCCGACCUCAGCGGUAAGCGCAAGCCUGCCCAGCCCAAGCAGCACGAGGAAGAACUCUCCGCUGUUAUCAACGUCGCCAUCCGCGAUCUUGAGAGCCGCGAUGACCGAGAGGCCCUCGAAGAUAUUCUCCCUAUUGUUGAGCAGUUCAAGGAUGAGCUCCUUGCCCGUGGUGUCCGCCGCCUGACAUUCAUCUGCGGCCACAGCGAUGGUUCCUACCCCGGUUACUACACUUUCCGUGGACCCGAGUACAAGGAGGAUGACAGUAUUCGUCACAGCGAGCCUGCUCUUGCUUUCCAGCUUGAGCUUGCUCGUCUCAGCAAGUUCCACAUCAAGCCUGUCUUCACUGAGAACAAGAGUAUCCACGUUUACGAGGGUAUUGGCAAGAACGUGGACACCGACAAGCGAUACUUCACCCGUGCUGUCAUCCGACCUGGUCGUCUCCGAGACGAGAUCCCUACUGCUGAGUAUCUCAUCUCUGAGGCUGAUCGCGUUGUCAACGAUAUCUUCGAUGCUCUCGAAAUUAUUGGCAACAACAACUCUGAUCUGAACCAGGUCUUCAUCAACUUCUCUCCUGUGUUCCAGCUUCAGCCCAAGGAGGUCGAGGAGAGUCUCCAGGGCUUCCUUGACCGAUUCGGUAUCCGUGCUUGGAGACUCCGUAUCGCCCAGGUCGAGAUCCGCAUCAUCUGCACUGACCCUCAGACUGGCGAGCCUUACCCUCUUCGUGUUGUCAUCACCAACACCUCCGGCUACGUUGUCGAUGUCGACAUGUACGCCGAGCGCAAGUCGGAGAAGGGUGAGUGGGUCUUCCACAGCAUUGGCGGCACUCACGAGAAGGGUCCUAUGCAUCUGAUGCCCGUUUCUACCCCCUAUGCCACCAAGAACUGGCUCCAGCCCAAGCGUUACAAGGCUCAUCUUAUGGGAACUCAGUACGUUUACGAUUUCCCUGAGCUCUUCCGACAGGCUAUCCAGAACUCGUGGGUCAAGGCCGUCAAGGCUCAGCCUAGCCUGGCUUCCCAGCAGCCCAAGACCGGUGACUGCAUCAGCUUCACUGAGCUUGUUCUCGAUGACAAGGACAGCCUUGAUGAGGUCAACCGUGAGCCUGGUACCAACACCUGUGGUAUGGUCGGUUGGAUCUUCAGAGCCCGCACCCCUGAAUACCCCAACGGCCGUCGCUUCAUCGUCAUUGCCAACGAUAUCACCUACAAGAUUGGUUCAUUCGGUCCUAAGGAAGACGACUUCUUCCACAAGUGCACUGAGCUUGCUCGCAAGCUGGGUAUCCCCCGUAUCUACCUGUCUGCUAACUCUGGUGCUCGUCUUGGCCUUGCUGAUGAGCUCAUGGGCCACUUCAAGGUUGCUUGGAACAACCCCGAGAAGCAGGAUUCUGGCUUCAAGUACCUCUACCUCGAUGAGGAGACCAAGACUCGCUUCGAGAAGGACGUCAUCACCGAGGAAGUCUCCGAGGAUGGUGAGAAGCGACACAAGAUCGUCACCAUCGUUGGUAAGGAGGACGGUCUCGGUGUUGAGUGUCUGCGAGGCUCUGGUCUCAUUGCUGGUGCCACCAGCCGCGCCUACAACGACAUCUUCACUGUCACCCUUGUCACUUGCCGAUCCGUUGGUAUUGGCGCCUACCUCGUCCGUCUUGGCCAGCGUGCUGUCCAGAUUGAGGGUCAGCCCAUCAUCUUGACUGGUGCCCCUGCCCUCAACAACCUGCUUGGUCGUGAGGUCUACACCUCUAACCUUCAGCUUGGUGGCACUCAGAUCAUGUACCGCAACGGUGUCUCUCACAUGACCGCCAACGAUGACUUCGCUGGUGUCUCCAAGAUCGUCGAGUGGAUGUCAUUCGUCCCCGAGAAGCGCAACAGCCCUGUCCCUGUCAGCCCUAGUGUUGAUGACUGGAACCGUGACAUUACCUACUUCCCUCCCCAGAAACAGCCUUACGAUGUCCGAUGGAUGAUCAGUGGUCGCGAGGGCGAGAACGGCUUCGAGUCUGGUCUCUUUGAUAAGGACUCUUUCGUUGAAGCUCUCGGCGGCUGGGCCAAGACUGUUGUUGUUGGUCGUGCUCGUCUCGGUGGCAUCCCCAUGGGUGUUAUCGCUGUCGAGGUCCGCUCUGUGGAGAACAUCACUCCUGCUGACCCUGCCAACCCCGACUCUAUCGAGCAGGUCAGCAACGAGGCUGGUGGUGUCUGGUACCCCAACUCCGCCUUCAAGACUGCCCAGGCUAUCAACGACUUCAACAAUGGUGAGCAGCUUCCUCUCAUGAUCCUUGCCAACUGGCGUGGUUUCUCUGGUGGUCAGCGCGACAUGUACAACGAGGUCCUCAAGUACGGUUCUUUCAUCGUCGAUGCCCUUGUCAAGUACGAGCAGCCCAUCUUCAUCUACAUUCCUCCCUUUGGUGAGCUCCGUGGUGGAUCUUGGGUCGUCGUCGAUCCUACCAUCAACUCCACUGCCAUGGAGAUGUACGCCGACACCGAGGCCCGUGGUGGUGUUCUUGAGCCUGAGGGUAUCAUUGGUAUCAAGUACCGCAAGGACAAGCAAGUCCAGACCAUGGCCCGCAUGGAUCCUACCUAUGCUGGUCUCAAGAAGCAGCUCGAGGAUUCUAGCCUGUCCACGGAGGAGACCGACGAGAUUAAGAAGAAGAUGGCCAUCCGUGAGAAGCAGCUGCUGCCCGUGUACGCCCAGAUUGCCGUGCAGUUCGCCGAUCUCCACGACCGUGCUGGCCGCAUGAAGGCCAAGGGUGUCAUCCGUGACGUUCUUGAGUGGACCAACGCUCGACGCUUCUUCUACUGGCGUCUUCGCCGACGUCUCAACGAGGAGUACAUCCUCCGCCGCAUGACUUCUACCAUCAUCAGCACUUCGCACAGCCAGACUGCUACCAAGAACACGGAGACUCGUGACAGAUACCUGCACCUUCUCCGCAGUUGGUCAGGCAUUGUUGAUUGGGAGAAGAACGACCAGGCGGUUACUGAGUGGUACGAGACUGAGCGCAAGACCAUCAGCGAGAAGGUCGAGACGCUCAAGUCUGAGGUGUUGGCAGCUGAGGUUGCCAGCGUUGUCCGUGGCCAUGCUAAGGCUGGAUGGACUGGUGUUCGUGAGGUGCUUAGAGUCAUGCCCGUUGAGGAGCGGGAGCAGAUUCUCAAGUACCUCCAGCAGUAA